AGACUUGUCUGCACAGAUUCGAUUGCCGCAAUAAAGUCAUAAAUUUCCAGACCAUUCAAUGGUUUUCCACACUUCCUUUCCAAGACUUUCUUCAGCUUCCCAACACGAGAUGGGAACCAGGUGAAGAAGACUGGUUUAUUCAUCUUCUGUACAUCCCUUGCCUGUUCAUAAUCUGGAGGACAGUGUUCAGUGGAGAGAACAUGUCCAACAAAUGAACACAGAGACGAAUGCAGUACUAAGGGAAAUAAAGGACCUGCAGAAAAAUAUCAAAGUCCUGAAACAGCAGUGUAAUGGCUACAAAAGUACAGUUGCCUCCACCAGGCUACAGAGCAUGGAGCUGAAGGAAUCUUGUGAGAGAAUGGAAGCGGAGAAUUUCGAACUGAAGGCUAACUUGGAGCAGGAAAAGAAGUUCCUUGAGGUUCAAAAAGAAAGCCUCGAAAAAAAGAUGAGAAGUACAACCAACCUGCAUCAUGAAAAGGAACGGGCACUACAGCAGAAACUGGCUCAGCAAGGACUACUUCAUUGCGCGAGAGAGAUUCAAUUACUAUCGGAGAUCAAGGUGUUUGAAAUGAACAUUACGACAAUGACCACGGAACAGGAGAAAAAUGAGGAUUCUUACAAGGCUCAGAUAAAAGAACUUCAAGAACGGUUUUCAAAUUUGGAAAAUUCCCUCAGCGCUUCCAAAUGUGAAAAUCAGAAGCUAAAGGAAUCUUUGAAGGACUAUUCAAAGACAAGCAUGAAAUUGGUUGAAGAGAUUUACAGUCUUCAAAAAAACAUGGGGCAGGAGCGUCAGAUGCAUGAAAAAAGCCUGAUAAAGAGCAUGACCGACAAGAUGCAAGAGAAGGAGAGCACUCUAAAAAAGAAACUGGCUCAGCAAGAACUACUGUAUUCCGUGAGAGAGACUCAAUUACUGUCGGAGAUCAAGGUGCUUGAAAUGAACAAUACGACAAUGACCACGGAACAGCAGAAAAAUGAGGAUUCUUACAAGACUCAGGUAAAAGAACUUGAAGAACGGUUUUCAGAUUUGGAAAAUUCUCUCAGCUCUUCCAACUGUGAAAAUCAAAUGCUAAAGGAAUCUUUGAAGGACUAUUCAAAGACCAGCAUGAAUUCAGCUGAAGAGAUUUGCGGUCUUCAAAAAACAUUGGAGCAGGAGUGUCGGAUGCAUGAAGACGAGAUAAAAUCAUUUAAAAGCCAAAUGGAGAGCAUGACCGACAAGAUGCAAGAGAUGGAGAGCACUCUAAAAAAGGAACUGGCUCAAAAGGAAGCCACAAAAAAUGAGACCAAAGAGAAAUUUGAUGAGUACAGAGAAAGCAUCCAUAAGGUCACAAAAGAUCGCCAGAAUUUUCUGAAAGCUGAGAUAAGAUUUCAUCAGAACAAAGCCAAAGACACUUUAGUGGCUUACCGUGAGUCAGAAAGAGCACUGGACAGGGAGAAGAACAAAACAGCCAUUCUACAUAGGAAGCUGGAUGAGCUGAACAAAAAACUUGCCGAAAACUCUGGGAAAUCUCAGAUGCCUCAGGAAGCUCAGGCACCUCUUCAUGAAAAAGAUGUUUCUACUCACAGCGGGCAUUCCUAUGGUCACAGCGGGCAUCCGUCUACCCACAGCGGUCAUCCCUCCACUCAAAGUGGUCAUCCUUCAACUCAAAAUGGUUGUGCCUCCACUCAUCGCUCAACUCAUUGUGGCCAUCCCUUAAAUUCAAUGAGAUGGGCUGUGGAUCAGGACAGGGACAGGAGACAGUGGGAUGAGGGACGGCCCACUUUCAGAGGCCGCAGAGGAUACCAGAAGAACCCUGCUCCUUUCAAUCGAUAAAAAUUUUUUUUUUUUUAAAUGUUGGGAUACAACUCCUCCUCCAAGUACAUUUUUAGUUUAAAAACUGCAAUGAUGACUAAUAAUUUUUUCUCUAAAUUUAUAAAGUUCAAAUCACCAUAUUUAAUAUUACUUGCUUUGGAAUUGUAAUUGCACGGUUUGUCUGAAUUGUUGUGGGCUACAUAUUGUUUG